AAAAAGUUGCAUCAGACUCUAGAAUACCACUAAUCAUUUUCUUUUUCUUACAGGUUUCUCUGCCUGACAGAGGCAACUCCCACAAAUAGGAGGAAUCUGUUCUGCUUCUCUCUUCGCCCAAUUCACCUCUCAUCAUGGCAAUAGUCCUCCACUUCAACCCUCUGCUGUGGACACGGCUGGCAGCCCUGGCUUUCUCCUGUGUGGCAUUCUCUGUGGCUGUGCAUGGUGCCAGGAUCAUCCCCGGCACCGGAGACUGGUGCAUCUUCUGCUGGGCCUUCAGCUUUUCCGGCACUCUGCUCGUGUUUCUAGUGGAGCUCUUCGGUCUGCAGACGAAAGUCCCUGUUUCCUGGAAGAACUUCCCUAUUACCUUUGCCUGCUACGCUGCCCUACUCUGUUUGUCCGCCUCUAUCAUCUUCCCACUCUACUUCCUCAAAGGUUCUAUGGGCCCCAGUACGAUCCGCGAUUACAGCAUCAUGGCAGCCGUCUUCUCCUGCUUGGCUACCAUUGCUUACAUAAGUGAGGUGAGCAUCAGCAAGGCACAUCCAGGUGAGGUGGCCGGCUACAUGGCCACAGGACCUGGACUAUUGAAAGUCUGUGAGACCUUCGUGGCCUGCAUCAUCUUCGUCUUUGUGACUGAUCCCGUGUUGUACGACCAUCACGAUGCACUGAAGUACUGCAUGGCUGUCUACUGCAUCUGCUUCAUCCUGUCAGCAGUCAUCAUCCUGCUCUGUAUAGGCGAGUGUACCGGGUGCUUGCCUUUCCCGUUCCCCCGGUUCCUGUCAGCCUACGCCAUGCUGGCUGUGGUCCUCUACCUGUUAGCAACCAUCAUCUGGCCUAUCUUCAACUUUGACCCCAGGCACGGUGGGAAUAAAAAUAGGCCAUACAACUGCAACACACAAUUGGGGUUGUGUUCGUGGGAUAAGGGCAUGACAGUGGCUGUACUCACCGGUGUCAACUUCAUCCUCUACCUGGCAGACCUGAUCUACUCCACUCGUCUGGUAUUUUUCAACGCUUGAGAAACAGGAAGUAAGGGUAGCAGUAUGCUCCAAAUAAAACUGAAUUUGCCCAGUUUGUCCAAGGCUGUGGAACUGCUUUCACGUAUACUGCUGCAAGCAAUUUGACUUUUGAUAGAGCCAGACAGUGAAUUUUUAAUGGCAGAUCAGUUCCCAUUUUAAUACAUUUUUUCAUGUAUACAGGAAUGCUUAUUAUUUGGAUAGUAAUAAGCUAUCAACAGAUUUUCCAAAAGAAGACUCAAAACAUGCUGUGUGCAUGGAAAUAAGACAGAGGAAUGAAAACAAAGAUAGCGUUGAGUUUUUGUUAGAUAUUUUUUGCACUAUGGAUACCCAAGAAUACUUUGGCAUGCAGAGUGGAGCAGCCAGGGAAUAGUACAUGACCUGCUCUACUUCCUCAGCUACAGCCACCCUGAUGUGAUGCUGUCAUGUCAGUAUGGACAAAAAUUGAGGAAUGUUUUCAACAUCUUGUUGAUGUAAUCUUUAUAUGUAUUUAUGUAAAUUACGGCAGUUCUUAAGGACAAAGGGCAUUCAACCUGGGACUAGCAAGGUAUGCCUAAUAAAGUUUCCAGUGAGUGUAUGCUUGCAGUUUAGGAUUCCUCAGGAUUGACUGUUAAAACUGAUUUUCAUUCAUCAAAUUCAUGAUUGUCCACUGAAAUAGAUGCAAAGCACCACGUUUUCCUACUGACUGUUUUGAAACCUGAUUUCCUGUUAAACUCCGAUCUCUAAUUGUGCUGAACGUUCACAAAGUAUAUAAAUGAAUUAACUAAGUAAACUGACUGUAAAUCAGCAUCAGCUCAAUGCAAACUAUUUGUACUCCCCUGUUUACUUGUACCCACCACCUCUGUUCUCAGAGAGACUCCAGCUUUGCGCGGAUCCCAGGGUGUGAAUCAGGGACAACUGUGAUUCACACCAACUGUAAAUGUUUGACCACUGGAGGCUACAAGGGGGGCAGAGUGGAAACUAUGAAUAUUUAAGUUGCCUGUAAAUCUACCGUCAGGAAACAAGACAGCGGUGACGCCCAAUCGUGACACAAUGACUUGUACAUUAUUUUUCUAAAGGAAACGUUGGACAUUCUGGUCUGGGAAUGUGGUGCUGUAGCUGCUGGCAAGAUCAGAGGUAAUAGGGGUUUACCAUAAAUCAGGAACAUGAUGACUCAGCUUCAACCAGCCUAGACAGUUUUUAAAGUUUGGUUUACAGCAUAUAUAUGAGAAAAGUGGUCGGUAGAUAAAUGAUAUGAGGCUAAAUUAACAGCUUUGUGUGAUUAACCAUGUUUACCAUCCUGAGCAAUAUAUCGUCAUUAACGUGGACACAGAAGACUUUUUAUGUUCUCUUUAUACCAGAAAUGUCCCCUUUGGGAUUUCAAUUAUACUGAAAUUCAUGAUCAUCAAAAUGUUGUUCUGUAUUUUCUCUGUCAUGUCACUUCGAUGUUUUACCUGCACAGAAUUUAACAAAAAAAAGACUCUUUACUAGGUGGUCUGCUAAAAGAGGAAAAUGACUCUGAGCUCAUGGAAAAAAAGAGAGGUCAAGAUGUUUACCAGUCUGGUCACGACUCGACUGGAGGCCAAUCCUGGUCCAACUUCCAGCAUGACGUAGUAACUUAAAGCCAGUAUUGCCAAACGCUGAUGUUAUGCUUUCAGUGUCUGGAUUUUAAAUGAAGGAGAAAAGAAUAAUUGUACUAUUCUGCAUUAAAAAAUACCUUUGCUGCAAUGGUUUAGGGAAAUUCUUUAAAGUCUUAAAAAUCUGUUUUGAAUCAGCAGAUAAAAACAAAUCAGACCCAUCUUACUACUUUGAUUUAACAAAAGUUUCAUUUCUGUGUCUAAAAAAGUAAUUCAAACAUUUCAAA